AGAUAACUUAACCCGCGCUAAAGCUUUAAAUCAGUUAGAAAAUGAAGUUAUUAAAGAUAAAGAUGCUUACCGGACUCUACUAUAUAGGUGGCCUGAAUUUUUUAAUAAGUUUGCUUUGGAUGCUGAUAGGUCCAUCCGGUUAGCGUGUUUUAAAGUGCACUCAGUUCUGAUGGAGAAGUCAGUUAAAGUUAAAGCCUCUUUUUACAAGAAAAUAGCAGUGGUCUGGAUAGUCGGUCGAUUUGACAGUGCAGCGGAGGUGGCGGAUCUUGCUUUAUCCUGUUUUGAAAGAACCUUUCCUCAAAGUAAGCAUGCUGAGGCGAUAAGAUUUGUGCAGGAUGAGCUUUCCUCUUACGUUCUGGCUUCUGUCGCUCCCCUUGUUUUUGAAGAUCAUUCGGCAGACUUUGUUGACGCUCGUGAGGUUUUUGGCGCUAUAAGGGUGCUCGCUCUCUUGACGCAAAGUGUUGAAGUCUUGAAUAAAAGCUUAACCACUGCUUUAAUAACAAAGAAGUUUUGGGCCUUUCUUAAAAACGAGGACGCAAUGAUCCGCUUGUCCAUGUAUGAGUUUGUUACCACAUGUGUAGAAUGUAGCCUUAAAGUUUUGGAAGUCGCUCUUCCUGUGGCUUCUCCCGCUGUUUUGUCUUCCAUAACGGAGAAAAGACUUCAGAACAUCUCUGCUAUGUGGAACUGUGUUGUCUCGUAUUCUUCAAAACUUCCAAGCUGUUGGGCUUUUGUCGACUAUCGAGAGGAAGUUGCCCCGUGCCUUCAUAAGGCUCUCGAGGACUGCCCCCCAGCCACUGCAUGCGCUUUUUAUCCUUUCAUACUGCCAUUUCUUUCCUCUUUGCCGCAGGCUCUCAUUGCUAGCGUAGACCUGGUUGUAUUUGUACUGGAGACCAUAUGUUUGUCGACUCAGCGCUCCUAUGACGCGCAACAUUUGGAAGCAGCCACUUUAGCUUAUAUGGAAAUUUUAAAGUUUUAUUUGCCCCUUCACACCGAGCAUGUAGCUCAACUCGAAGAUCAUCUACUGUCGAUUUUCUUCUCUUCCGUACAGAGUCCUGUACGGAACGAUAUGUUUAUUGCUGCAUGGUGCAAAGUUUUUGCUGAAGUAGUUUACUGGUUAUCUACUACCGAGCACUUCGACGACAAAUGUUUGGCUAAGUCUUUCUGUGCCAAGUUAAGCGCUCAAAUUAUUUGUACAGAUCAUUUGGAUACCAUUUCUAGCGGAGAAGUCAAGUUCUUAGAAAACCUUCUUUCUUCAUUUCGCCCUGACCAACUACUUCACUGUCGAGAUGCACUUUUGAAGCUUUUAAAGCCGAUAAUGGAGAAAUUGACCAGUCAACCUGAAAGUCUGUCAACUUCUCAGUUGCAGUUGCUCGAGAUUAUUAUAAACUCCUUUGAGUGCGACAGUCGUUUGCUACUUAUGUUCUCAACACCAGGCUCUUUUGUCAAGGAGCUUUCCCCUGCUUUGAACUUCCUCAACUCUUUUGUGUGUCCCUCUAUCAGUCGUAUGCCUAAGGACAUCGAGCUCUCUACCACGCGAAAGUUAGCUCGCUUGGCUGCCACUCUUUUGGUUUGCUCCGAAAAAAUUGAGAGAACUCAACUUUUCCAUGCUUUUACGAUUUUUUUGUUGAAUGAUAUUUUUGCUGGAAGCAAAGAAACUGUUUUAUAUCUCACUUUGGAGUUUAUUUCUUCUUUAAAGGAGCGUAAAGCCUUAGCUGGCAUCACUGAGAAUAUUCCUUUCAGCGAUUUUUUGUCGAGUCAGUUAGGUUGUUUAUUGCUUUUUGGAGACAAAUCCUCUGAGCAGUUUCAAAGUGCUUGCGCUGCGCUCAGAAGCAUAGUCGCUCACGUCAUAGGGUAUCCAUUAUUGCGUCACGAUGUUGCUGUGGCAGCGAUUGAUUUGCUGUCUAAAGCGUGUGGCAAGGUCUUACUUGGUAGAUCCGCGAUGGAAAACGAGUGUAUUAGGUGUCUAGUGUUGUUUGCUUUACAAUGCCUUGACGGGUACUGCUCUCGAGCAAAAGUAGCCUUCAUGGCACUGGCCCGUCUUGUUUCUUCCCUUUUCUUUCUUAUUCAAUCUCACAUGACAGAAGGAAAACAUAAUUUAGUAGAACCGAUCCUACUAAAGGCGUGCCACUUCCUUCAAGGCUGCGAUUCAGUUCUGUGGGACCACAUGUUGCUAUCAUAUUCGCAGUUGGCCCAUCAUCUCGCUGUGUCCCUCGAGUGCAAACAGCAAUGUCUCCUUGAAUCCUCCAGAGAAGCUCUUCUUCGAAUGCCCCUCCGACAGGAAGACCAAGUUAAACUUCUCCGUUGGUGCUUACUUGAUGAACACACGCAGUUCUCUCUGGUCGAAGCUCUUCCAGUUUUCCAAGAGCCUCAACUACUAUUGGCCGGUUAUGACCUCUUAAAUGAAAGCCCUUCUUUUACCGCCGGAAACUUUAUUCUUUUGCUAUCUCUGACACUCUACAGUUUGGAUUGUAUAAGGGCCCUUGCUCUCGUUUUGGACCUGAAAGGAAGCAGUGGCAGUGCUGUAAAAGAGGCACUGCUAAAGGAGUUUAUCUUUGUAAUGAUAGCACUUUCCUUUUCAGAGAAGUUCGUAGAACAAAAACCUUUUAAAAAGGAAAGCAGGACCGUCAUGAAGGAGCUUUAUUCUGCUCUAAAAGAUCGUGAGAGCUAUCUUCGCGCGGUGCCUUCAGAAAUCGUCUGUCUUAUAUUUGAGGACGUUUAUUUUGAGUUGAUAAAGAAGGGAACUGUUUAUAGCGCAUAUGCAUCUGUUAAGUUACUUCGCUUUUUUCCCGACUGCGUGAGCACGAUUGAGUUUACAGCCCUUAAACGCUGUGAAUCGAGUCCGUUCCUCUCUUUGCUUUUGGGAGAGCUGGUUGCUCUCUUUUGUUCCCAGCCUCUUUUACCACCAAGUCCACGCGAGCAUAGUGGCGCUUCUCCCUGUAUUGCUUCAACACUGUCUUCCUUGCAAGCUAGUAUGUUGGAGGAGCUGGAUGCUUUUAUUAUAACCGAGCACACGGGGGACGUUAAACGCAAAACUUAUAUGCUCAGCGUGUUCGCAAGUUUGUUGCUACCUGGCCACGAAAACAGUAUAUUGAAUUGCUCACUCCUGCUAAGUAACUUUAGGGGCUAUCAACUUGAGUUGCUCACGAAUAACCUUGAAAAGCAGUACGCCAUCCAGUUAGGAAGACUCUUUCGCUUUUUUGCUUCUUACUGUGGUCGUGAGCUGCCUUAUAACUUUAGAGAACUGAUCACAGUAUGCGAAAAACUUGUAGCGCAUGAGGGCUUAGUGCUGGACUCAGAAGAAAGCAUUCUAUUAUGUUCUCUUUUUACAGAAACUCUGCUUUGCAUCUAUUCAAGGGCAGAUGUUUUUGAAAAUUGUAUAUCACCAGAAAGACUCCAAGCGGUCUUUGGGAGCUUUAUAGAUGUGGUUUGCUUUUUCUCUAAAUUGAAAGAUGCUUCUGUGGCUGGUUUCUUGUUUGCUGAUAACUUGCGACAAAUGCUGACUUUUUUAACGAAAAAUAACCAUUUUACUCCUCUUUUCGGGAGCUUUAACGAUAUGAUACUCCGGCUCGGACCAAUAUUGUUUUGCGAUAUUAUAAGCCUCCAAUAUUCGGCUUUCUUACUUUUACUGCCUCUGAUGCAACAAGAAGCAGGUAAAAUCAGUAGUAAGCACAACAACCUCAAUAGCGCUUUCCCCGAAGAAGUUUUUAAGGGCGACUAUUCUUUGCCCGUGGCGGAGAGUUGUGUGAGAGAUUCGCUACCACCGUUUUUAAAGGAGUUUAUUACAUUGCUUGAGCAAGAAGGGGCCACUUUACGACAUCAAGGCUUUAUUCUUUGGUGGCUGCUCUUGAUCCGUUUUUUGAAGUCUAUCGACCAUGUUUCGUUGCGAAGGUCGUAUAUACACUGCCUCCAGAGGAAAAACUGUUUUUUAUCUGUUCUUGAGAAUCUUGUCGAACACCUUCCCUCCUUAAAGGAAGCAUUGAAGCUGCAACUUCUUAGACCAAUCGACUUUUAUACUCUGGGAGAUGCACACUAUUGUGAUCUCUCCUUUUUAUCGGGGGUACUGUACGGAGAACUGCUGUCUGUAGUUCCCGCUUUGUGCCGGAGUUGGUUUGGUUCUUGUCCUCCACACCAGAAAGCCCUGAUAGAGACGCUUACGCUCGAGUCUGUGUCGCCCCCGCUCAUCCAGAGAGAACUCGACUUUGCCUCUUCGAAACAGGCUGAGCUUAAUGCUCGUGUGAGUCGGCGGGCCAGAAAUAUUCACAUAUCUUACGAAUUUGUCGACGGCACUACGAUGGAGUUGUCCGUGCAGAUCCCUUCGAACUAUCCGCUUAGCAAUGUUCUUGUCAGCUGUGAAUCUUAUAAAGUCCAGAAAACCGAACAGGCACUAAUAAAGUCCUUAUCGACUUUCUUACUCUUUCAGAAUGGACCCAUUGCGGAGGCAAUCUCUUUAUGGAAGCAUAAUACAGACAAACGAUACGCAGGAAUUGCAGAAUGCGUCAUAUGCUAUUCAGUUAUACAACCCUCUGACUAUUCGCUCCCGAAAUAUAAAUGUCAUGUUUGUAGAAACAAAUUCCACGUUUCAUGUUUAUGUAUCAAACAAGUCUACGAACACUAUGUCCCCUUUGCAGAAGCCCUCAUAAUAUGAUGAAAU